GGAGAUCAAAGGUACGAUAAGACGACCCUACAGACCUAAUUUGUUUUCCGUACCAUGUUACAGUGAAGGCGGCAUAAGAACACUAUGAUCCACAGCAACGAUCUUACACAAAGCUUGAAUCUAUCAUGACUUGGUCUAUUGGCUUGAGGAUAUGAAAUAAAACGUACUCAAAAUAAAACAGAUCAAAAUAACUGACAUCCUAAUAAAAGACAAAUGCGACUUAUUACUGUUAUAGGUAUAUUCUUUUUUUGCACCCGGGUAUCUAUGGUAAUAUACAUACCAUCUUUGCUAAUCUGACGUCAGCGCGAGCCAUGGUUUGUAUGCCGAUUGUUCGUCAUAAAUCUUUUUCUCCUGAUACAUCCAUCUACCACGCUUUAAGGGCGCGAAGUGUGCUUUCCAGGAAGAUAGCACAUCUUGUCGGACAGGCCUCUACCCUAACCGAUGAAGGCUUCAGUGGCAAGUUAUGGAGAAAUGAUUCGAGCAAAUCGUAGAGGAUCAAUAAAUUAUAAUCAAGUAUAGAAGCAAUCAACUCUGUCAAAAACAGCCAAAUAAUAAGAAAUACUGAAAGCCAUGAAGUCCAUAUCAGUAAAG